GCCGUCGCUGCCGCCGCCGCCCCGCUCCCGCCCCGCCAUGGCCAACCCCGUCGUCUUCUUUGACAUCGCCGCUAACGGCGAACCCCUGGGCCGCGUCACCUUCGAGCUAUUUGCAGACAAGGUCCCCAAGACAGCAGAGAACUUCCGUGCCCUGAGCACCGGCGAGAAGGGAUUCGGCUACAAGGGGUCCUGCUUCCACAGAAUCAUUCCUGGCUUCAUGUGCCAGGGUGGUGACUUCACGCGCCACAACGGCACUGGCGGCAAAUCCAUUUAUGGGGAGAAGUUCCCUGAUGAGAACUUCAUCCUGAAGCACACGGGCCCCGGCAUCCUGUCCAUGGCCAACGCCGGCCCCAACACGAACGGCUCCCAGUUCUUCAUCUGCACUGCCAAGACCGAAUGGUUGGAUGGCAAGCAUGUCGUCUUUGGCCGCGUCAAGGAGGGGAUGAAUGUGGUGGAGGCCAUGGAGCGCUGCGGCUCCAAAGAUGGUAAAACGAGCAAGAAGAUCACCAUUACCGACUGCGGGCAGCUCUCAUAAAGCCUCUUAACAACUGACCAUUCCUUUGGCAGCCUGGUGCCGCGCCCCGCUGCAGCUCCCCCUGUCCCACCCCGCUCCUGACUUACUGCUGCGUUUCUACGGGGUCUCAGCCCCAUGUGCACGGUCCAGCUGGACCGCAGUUACCUUUAUGAGUCUAAAUAAAACGAGUUAAACCACA